AUGUUCAAGGACUUCUCAGGCUCCGAGGCGCCGGUUUACGAGCCCGCAGACUCAAUAUCCAAGCCAAUUGAUGAUGGCGGCCUAGAGGACGGCGGUUCGACGCAGGAUAACGGCAAGGCCCUUCUGUACCCUGACGCAGGCAGCCUCUUUCCUUUCAAGACCUCUGAAAGGUUGCUGGACGAGAUCAAGGCCGAACUUGCGUACAGAAACUCCAACGGGCAUGAUAUACUGUACUCGGCGCUACAUAGUGGCGUUCUGAAGCUCCCCGUCCUGGAGUAUUCGCGAAAGCCAGUUCCUGACCCGUUCAGCAUCGGGCACUUGCUGGACCAGGUCGUCCUCAAAACGCGCUACGAAUAUGAGUCGCGUACAUGCCCCGGCCUCAACAAGGUCAGCGUCUUCAUGGGCGUGCUAGUCAGCCCCUCCAUCGUGCCUCGGGAACCCGAAGACCUGGCGGCCGCCCCCAUCUAUCAUUUGAAGCUUACUGUCAAGACCAGGAUGCAUUUGGAACACACGCGAAAGCAGGCUGGGGUCUGCCAAUACCACAUGCUCUCUGAGCUUCAUCCUUCCGACAAACAAGACCUAUUUCUUGCUGAGGAGUCGGACCCUAGUCUUUUAGACUCCGCCAUGUAUGUCUCCAGUGACACUAACAAGCUGGUCUGCAUAGAAAUAUUUAAGCCCGAGUUCUCACACGAAGAUCUCGCGACUUUCAGCCCUGAUAGUAUCCGGCGCAGGUUCGCUGAGGCUUGCGGAAAGUUUCCAGACCUCGAUCCAGAAAAGGUGCCGUCGCAAGCCGAGUGUUUCAGCACUUUGCUCAAAAUAUUCAAAGGGCCGUUGAACAGGCGUAGUCCGGACGACGUGCUGAAAACCAUAUCUGCAGAUAACAAGUUUCUGAACUCGCAAAUAGAACCCGCUUGGUUAACGGAGAGGUUCCAAUUCCAGCUGUGUGAAACGCAAGCCUCAGAAGAACCUGAAACUGCCCUCGAGUACCAGCCCCCAGACCUGACAGACUAUGUCAACAACCUGUCCGUCAGGAAGCUUAGAGAAGAGUACACCCGGAAGUGCUUGGAGUUGGUGUUUUUGGGCAAAAUGGCCGUCGCCUUGAUGUCGAAAGAUGACGUAGCCCAGGAUUCCCGGGCCAGAUCGUUUCAUCUAUACCAGAUAAGUUACUCUCCAUCAUUUUUCUUCCACUUAUUGGGCGAAACCCGCGGUGUUAUGGACUAUGGUACCCAAGAAAUCGAUAAAAACUACCACUUCAUCAACCUGUCGGCUUGCCACUACUACUCUGAUAAAGACAUAAUUAAAAACUACGAGACGCAAGCUCGUUUGGACCCUGAAAACAUUGGAAUUUAUUUUGACGCAUUGAACUUCAUUGCAAACUUCAAGGGUAGCUAUCAACUCAUAACUUACUGCCGGAAGCAAGACGUUGUUGGUAAGGAAGCCUUAGAUUCUGCACUGUCUCUAUUUGGGAUUGAUGCAUCUGAUACAGAUCUGUCGACAGUGCCUGAUGAUCUCUUAUUAGGAAUCUACAGAAAAGAAAGCAGUCAGGCGUCUCAACAGAAGCGCUCGAGUCUCAAAAACUCUCUAAGGUUAAUUGCGAAGGCCAAAAAGAGCCAAAUAUUGCAAUUUUACACCGCUUACGAACCUUAUGAUAAUACUUACCAGGCAUAUUCCUUGUUGGAAGUCAACGAAUCCGUAGAUGUCGACAUUAUCCAAACAGCAUACACGGUAAAAGUUACUGACUCACCCGGACUAAAGAUCGACUGUGACAGGGCAAUCUACACUAUAGCAGUAUCGAGGAGGAGCAUGCCUUUGUUCAAUUUUUUGGCGGAACAGUGUCCGGCAUUUAAUGAGUUUUACUCAGCAGACAAGCUUACCUACCAAGAAGCUCUAAACCUACUUCAAGUCAAUGAAAAUGCCUCUGACGAUGUGAUUUUAGAAGUGUUUCAAAGAAAGUGGCACCAAGAACCAGUUUCAUCUCCUGACCAGUUUCUGAUUUCUUCAAGUGCCUUAACCAAAAUUGGCCAAGUUCGCAAUUCUCUCCUUAUCAAUCGUUAUUUGGAGACUGGUAUCAUUGACGUUUCCUGUCUUCCUGCCGGAAACUGGCCAACAGGCUUGAACAACAUUGGGAAUACAUGUUAUUUGAACUCGCUUUUACAGUACUAUUUUUGUAUUUCUCCCCUUCGCCAGUCAAUCGUUGAGUACCAAAAGACUCUCAGCGAAUUCCAUCAAUCUAUUGGUCAUUUGGAAAGCAAAAGGCGUAUUGGAGGAAGAGAAGUUAGCGAAGCCGAAGUUGAGAGAUCAAUUCAGUUCGUUUACCAGUUAAGAGACCUUUUUACAGAUAUGGUUCACACUGAGAACAGAUACGUGACACCUACAAAAGAACUGGCAUAUCUCGCUUUCGCUCCAAGUAACAUCGAAGUUGAAUUUGAAGGAACACCAUCUUCCGGUAGCGUAGGGGAGGCAGAGGAUGAGGAGGAGGGGGCCAUUAAAGAAACUACGGAAGUUAUUGAUCUGACAUCUGUCCCAAAUGCAGAGCAGGACAUUGAAAUGCUGGACCCUGUUCCUUCUGAAUCUGAAAUGAUAGUCGAGCAAUUCGUCGAUUCACCAAAAGAUGACAAGAAACAAGAUGCUGCUGAGGCUAUAGGAACAUCUACCAGAGUAGCCAAAAUAAGUUCAGAUCAACUAGAGAAUGCGCUUGAAAUGGGUAGGCAGCAAGAUGUAACAGAGUGCAUUGGUAACGUGCUUUUUCAGCUUGAAAGUGCAUCUGAACCAACCUGCUUGGAUACUGAUGGGGAGCAGCAAGAUCUCAUUAAGCAACUCUUUUUUGGGAAACUGAGGCAAGUUUUGACCCCGCUAAAUGACCCAACAAAAGUCAGAACAAAAAUUGAGCGGUUUGUAUCCCUGCUGGUCAACGUUGGAGAUCAUCCAAAAGACGUUUACGAUGCCUUGGAUCAAUAUUUCAAGAAUGACGUUUUGCAACUGGAAGACGGGGACGUAAACAGAAGUGUGGCAAUAAAAGAAUUACCAGCUGUUCUUCAAAUUCAAAUUCAGCGUGUUUAUUACGACCGCGAGCGGUUCAUGCCAUUCAAAUCAAUCGAGCCCUUACCUUUUGAGGAUUCGAUUUAUAUGGAUAGAUAUAUGGACACCGAAGAUCCUGUGAUGUUGAAGAAACGGGAAGAAGCUGCAACACUGAAAAAAGAACUUGUAACGCUGAAAGAGAAGCAGAGGUCUCUCCUUGACAAGAACGGAAGUGGAAUGAGCUUCAAGAGUUCUCUGCUCGAAACAAAGCGCUUUUUACAAUCCGACGUACUGGAGAAUAACGAUAUCGAAUCUCCAAACAAGGAGCAGUCCAUCCAAACAAUCGACUCAAUGCUCUUGAAAAUAGACGAGGAGCUUGCUAGCGUUUAUCAUCGAAUUGCAUUUCUCGAGCAGAAACUGAGCUCCCACUUCGAUGACUUCAAACAGGAAGGAUAUUCACUUUUCGCCGUCUUUAUUCAUAGAGGUGAGGCCAGCUACGGCCACUAUUGGAUAUACAUCAAAGACAGUGGCAAGAACGGAAUUUGGAGAAAGUAUAACGACGAAAGCGUAACUGAGGCGCCUGAAAGUGAAGUUUUCAAUUUUUCAGAAGGUAAUACAGCCACGCCAUAUUUCCUCGUGUACGUCAAAAAUGGACAAGAGUCACAAAUCGAGCCACUUCAUAGAGUAACUACCAAGUGUGCCAGCUAA